UGAUACAACUCCAACUGAUACAUCACAGGCUGGUUGGACACAUGCUGAUACAACACCGACUGAAACAACUCCAGCUGAUACAUCACAGGCUGGUAGGACAUAUGCUGAUACAACACCGACUGAUACAUCACAGGCUGAUAGGACACAGGCUGAUACAACACCAACUGAUGCAAUAAAGACUGUUAGAACACAUGAUGAUACAUCACAUGCUGAUAUAUCACUGGCUGAUAGAACACAGGCUGAUACAACACCGACUGAUACAACACCAGCUGAUACAAUGCAGGCUGAUAGGACUCAGGCAGAUACAACACCGACCGAUAUUACACAGGCUGAUACAACACCAACUAAUAAACCACAGGCUGAUGUUCAACAGAUUGAUAGGACACAGACUGAUACAACACAGACUGGUAGGACACAGACUGAUACAGCACAUACUGAUAGGACACAGGCUGACACAACACAGGCUGAUACAACACAGGCUGAUAGGACACAGGCUGAUACAGCAAAGGCAGUACACACGGAUGUGUGUUUUGAUACAUCUUUUAUUUCACAAAAUGAAGAGCUCUUGUCUGAGAGUAAUGCAACCUGUGGACAAAACAUAGACUCGGCUGAUGAGAAACAUGUCAAGCAUUCCAAACCCGAGUCCGACCGACUGUCUAGCAUGAAAAGUUUCACCUCAGAACAGAUGUAUUAUAUUGCUCAAAAGGUUUACGUUAGAACUAGAGCGGUUGAGAAGGCCGAGGAAUGCCUGUGUAACCUUGGCAUUUUGGUGUUGACAGGAAAUCCAGGAUCAGGGAAGACAACUGUUGGUAUAAAACUCUUGACACACUUUAAAGAUCAGCAGAAACGACAACCAUUACUUCUGACACAUCAUUCACAGUUUGAAGAUAUUCCUAUACCAAAACAUUUGGAUAAUAUUAAAGAAGAAGAAAAACUAAUUAUAAUGGUUGAUGACAUGCUGGGGAAAAGCAAUCUCGUAACUGACUAUUUAAGAUCAUGGGAACUAAAAUUCCAAUUUAUGUGGCGUUUGAUUGAAUGUGGAUUAAUUAAACUCAUAAUUACAUUCAGGUCACAUAUAUUUUCAGAAUGUGAAGCCAGUUUGACUGAAUUUCUUGCAUUUAAAAAAUGUCAUCAAAUUGAUCUGCAUAGUCCUGAUUAUUGUUUAACCAGACAUGAAAAAAAGCAAAUUCUUGAACAGCAUCUGAAGCACAAGAGAACUGAGAUGUCUGAGGAAGAUAAAAUAAGGCAGUAGCUUUAACAUUUGAAGAGUUGGGAUUUCCUCAGUGUUGUGAUUUCUAUGUAAAUACUUUGAAAGCAAACCUGCGUAAAGUGGAAUAUUUCGAAAAGCCAAUAGAAUAUUUAAAGCAACAGCUAAACACAAUAAAAGCAGAAGACGGGUGUCAGUUCCAGUAUAUUGUCCUUCUGGCAGUUAUGUUUAAUGGAGGUACUUUAAAAGAUGAGCUUUUGGAUCCAUUUACAAAGAAUGAAUCGUUUGCUGAUUUACUUACUAAACUGAAACAUGUAAGUAAAAUCAACACUGGUGUUUCACUUGGAAAGAUGAGAGACACUGCUAAGUCACUGUGUGGUAUAUACCUAAAGUAUUGUAAUAGAAAAAGAGAAUAUUCAUUCUGUCAUCAGUCCAUUUUUGAUACACUGUUCCUACUGUUUUCCUCGGAAUAUCUUAAACACAGUAUGAAGAUAUGCCCUCUCUCAAUUUUACUGGAGUAUGUUGUUACCCCAGGUGUACCAAAGUCAGGUGGAAUGACGAUCGUAGUGAACGCAGAAAACUAUUCAGUUCUUGCUGAAAGAUUUACAGACUUGUUGAAGACCAGCAAUACCAGAGAUACUCUUUCACACAAGUCAUUCAAAGAUGACACAUUUGUGAAAUUUCUCACAGAGGAAUAUUGGGACUUUGAACAAAUAUGUGAAAUUCUGUCUCAACAACAUGACCAAACAACAUAUUAUAAAAAACGUUUUCUUCAAUUCAAGAUGUUUAGAGUACAUUUGGAAUGAAAUGACAAACAUAGAAGAACUUGACUUUGGUGAUUUAUAUUGUCAAUAUCAUUUUUUUGAGAGACAAAUAGUUGCUUCAACCUCAGCAGCAAGUGUAGCUGUCCUUAAAAAUCUAAAAUGUCUGUCAAAUUGUUUUGUAUCAAACCUUGUUAAAAUGGACAGAAGCACAUUUACAUAUGAAAAAGCAGAAAUGUUAGAUGCAGCAUGCUUUAUGAAUAACACUGAAGUAGUUGAUAAGUUACUUAACUCUGGCAUGGUUCCAACAACAAAAUCGUUUGCUGCUGUUGUAGCAUCACGGGUAGAUGAUAUUAUACUAUUCAGUCAUCUUUUAAAGACCAAAAACGCUUUGGAACUGAGUUUACAUGAAUUGGGUGAUUUAUUAUUUCUAGCUCUCGAGUUAGGGAAUGGACAGAUAUCAAAUCUAUUGAUAGAUGAAAUCUGUAAACUGGAAGACUGUCAACUAAUUCUUGAACGUGCUGCCAAGCAGCUAUUACUCCAGUGUCACGAAGGAAUCCGAAAUUUACCUUCAAUCAAAAGGUUGAUUGAGUUGAAGCUUCCAUCUAGUUUGGAAAUUGGAGCAGCCUAUCUAUUUAGAAAGUUAUCCAAAUAUGCAAUAACAUGCAAACAUGAAGAUCGCGUUUUUUUGGCAGCCACCCACAGUGAUGCUGGUAUUUUGAAAUAUAGUUUAUACAUGGCACCAAACUAUUUGCAAUUCAUGAUGCAAAACCCCAAACACCCAUUGCGUGCUGCUGUGUGCUAUGGUUGUGUGGACACUGUCAUAUUUUUGAUGGAUCAAGGUUGUAGAUUCACUCAUUAUGGCAUUAAAGGAAUAACAGAAAUGCAUAUUGCAGCACAGCGCCAAUACCCUGAUAUAGCUUUAUAUUUCCUGAGUAUAGGGACUGCACUGAAUGUAACAGAUGCACAUAAGGACACACCUUUGCAUUAUGCAGUAAAAGUAAAUUGUCUGAGAUUAGUGGAAGCACUUGUUGAAAAGGGAGCAGAAUUGGAUGCCGUCAAUGACGAUGGUUACACUCCUCUUCACAUUGCAGCAUCGAACAGUUCAUUAGACAUUGUAAAGUACCUGGUACAGAAAGGAUCUCUGGUGAACUUGCAGUCCAGUGAGGGAAGAACACCGUUAAUGUUAGCAAUAAGUCCAGAAACCAAUGAUGUACUUUUAUAUCUACUGAGUAAAAAAGCUGACCCUAGUAUACAAGAUGACAAUGGGGAUACCCCUUUGGAUUUUGCUAUAUAUGCAUGUUCGUUGACAUCAAUUAAAGCAUUGGUUGAACAUGGAAUCAAAGUGGAUGAUAAAUUAGACUCGUUGGUCCGUAAAGCUUUAAACUACGAUUCGUUGGACAUUGUGAGUUAUUUGAUAAAAAACCAAAUGCAGAAAGUCUCACCCAUGAUAUGUAGUUGGGCACUUACUUCAGCAGUUAAAAAUUCUGAUUUGGAGUUGGCCAUUUAUCUACUACGAAAUGGAAUUAAUCCUAAUGAGACGCAUGACAUAGAUUUAGGACAUGUUAUACGUGAAAUGUCUUUUGAAUUAGUAAAAGCUUUGGUUGAAAGUGGAGCAGAACUGAAUACUGUACAUAAAUAUAUGUCUGAAUGUCCUCUUCAUAUUGCAGUUAAAAAACAGUCAUUUGAACUUGUAUCUUAUUUAGUGAACAAAGAAUCCAAAGUAAAUAUACCAGAUAAAAUGGGUAGAACACCAUUUCAUCUAGCAGUACACCUUAAGGAGUCUCAUAUAGCUUUGUAUUUACUGCAAAAUGGAGCUGACCCUAAUACAAAAGAUGAGAUGGGAAAUUCACCAUUACACUCGGCAGUGAACAGAGAUUGUUUAGAUUUAGUGAAAGCAUUAGUUGAAAUGAAAGUGAACCUGAAUGUAAAAGAUCAGGAUGGGAAUUACCCUCUUCACAUAGCAGCAAAAGAUAAAUCAUGGCUUAUAGUUUUUAACAAAUCAUUGGGUAAGAUGUGUUUAACACAAGCAUGUUUAUUAAACUUAGAAGAGUAUUCAGUUAAGGAUGUACAAUGUAGUUUAGGUAAACACUACACCUCAGAGAUGGUUGAAUACCUUCUGUCUCAAGGAGCUGACCCAAAUGUGUACAAUGAUGAAAAUGACUCACCACUGCACUUUGCAGUUAAUACAGAUUCCUUAGACACUGUGAAAGCAUUAGUUAAACAUGGUGCCAACCUGAACACAGUGAAUGAAGGUGGUAAAACACCACUUCACAAUGCAGCAGAGAACAAAUCAUUGAAAAUGGUUAGGUAUCUAGUAGAACAUGGAUCAGAGUUAAACGUAACAGAUGAGAUAAGCAUGACGCCAUUUGAUCUGGCAGUGAGCCAAAAUACACCUGACGUGGCUUUAUAUUUACUCAAAGAAGGUAAAAAUGACAUAAAUAUCAAGAAUUACUUUUAUUUGCACUUAGCUGUUGGCAAAGAUUGUUUAGAGUUUGUGAGAGUAUUAAUUGAAAUGGGGUUCAAUGUGAAUUCAACUGAUGGAUCAGGCAUAACUCCUCUUCACCUGGCUGCAAAGGGCAAAUCACUGGAAAUUAUAAAGUAUCUAGUUGAAAAAGGAUGUCAAGUAAAUCUAUCAGACAAAUGGGGUACAACAGCACUUCAGCUAGCAACAACUGACAAUACCUAUGAUGUGAUUGCAUAUCUACUGGAACAAGGAGCUGAUCCAAACACAAAUCUUCAAAACAGUAAAGGAUCAUUGUUGCAUUUAGCAGUCAGUAACAAUGAUUUACAUUUGGUGCAAAAGUUAGUUGAGAGUGGUGCUGAAUUGAAUAUACCAGGUCCAUUUGGGAACACUCCACUUCAUGUUGCUGUAGAACAAAAAACUUUGCAAAUACUUUUACAAGAUGAUAUGGCAAUGACAGUACAACUGUGCCAAACAGCACAACUGGAAAGAUCUAAUAUGCAUGUAAUUGUAUAUCUACUCCAGAAAGGGGCAGACCCCAAUAAGACAAAUGAACAUAACUAUUUACCACUGCAUUUUGCUGUGUACUCGCGAUCUUUAGAGUUAGUAAAACUUUUAGUAGAAAAUGUAGCCAAUCUAAAUAUGGUAGAUAAGGAUGGGAUAACUGCACUUCACAUUGCUGUCGAACGCUGUUCUGUAGAAAUAGUAAAUGAACUAGUAGAAAAAGGAGCUGAUGUCAAUUUACCAUGCAAGAGGGGCAUGACAGCUCUUCAUCUAGCCCUAGAAUGGAAACAAUUUAAUCUGGUGUCAUAUUUACUCCAGAAAGGAGCAAAUCCUAAAAUAACAAGUAAAGAUAACUGCUCAACUUUGCACCGUGCUGUGAGUGCAGUUUCUUUUGAGUCCGUGAAAAUGUUAAUAGAAAAAGGGGUCGAACUAAAUACAGCAGACGAGGAUGGGAAUACCCCACUUCACAUUGCUGUAAGUCUGCGAUCGUUGCAAAUUGUAACUGUGCUAGUAGAACAUGGAUCUCAGGUAAAUGUAUCAAAUAAAAGAGGCAUGACACCACUUCACACAGCAGCACUUGAUGGCAUGUUAGAUGUGGCUCUAUUUCUGCUGAAUAACAAUGCUGGUAUUAAUGUAACAGACAAUGAUAAUAAUUCACCUUUGCACCAUGCAGUCUACGCAGGUUCUUUUGAUUUAGUGAAUCUUUUAAUUGGAAAGGAAGCUACUUUGAAUGCAGUAAAUAAAUCUGCAGAGACUCCUUUGCAUAUAGCGGUGUAUAAGAAAUCAUUGCGAACCGUAACUCUUUUGGUAGAAAAAGGAUCCAAGGUAAACUCAGUAGAUAGCUUGGGAAUGACACCUCUUCAUCUAGCAGUCAAAUAUAACAUUCCUUGUAUUGCAUCAUAUCUACUGAAAAAACAAGCUGAUCCUAAAAUGGCAGAUAAUACAAUGGUAUCUCCUUUACACAUUGCGGUCUGUUCCAAUUUUGAAGAUAUAGUGAAGAUAUUAGUUGAAAAUGGAGCCCAGAUGAAUGCAACAGAUGACUGUGGAAACACGCCACUGCAUAUUGCUACUAAAAGGAGUUCAUUGUAUCUUGUAAGUUAUCUUGUAGAGAAAGGAUCUCAUGUAAACGUAUUAGGCGACGGUGCCAUGACUCCACUUUAUCUAGCAGCCACACGUGAGUCAUCUGAGAUAGCUUUGUACCUGUUAUCUAAAGAAGCCGAUCCCAGUUUGACAGAUGGAAUUAAAAAUUCACUUUUGCACAUGGCUGUCCGUUUAAAUUCGUUAUUUUUAGUGAAGGCAUUAGUUAACAGAGGAGUUAAACUAAAUACAGAAGAUGAAUCUGGGAACACACCAUUUCAUAUUGCUGUUAACUUAAAUUCAUUGCAGAUAGUACAUUAUUUAAUAGAAAAAGGGUCUGAUGUUAAUUUACCAGGCAGCAGAAAAGUCCCAACUGUAAGAGAUAAUAUAUUGCAGUUGUACACUCCUGACCUUAUUGUUAUGACCUCACCUUUGCACUUGGCAGUCUUGGCAGUGUCUAUAGAUUUAGUGGAAAUGUUAGUUGAAAAUGGAGCACAGCUGGAUACAGUUGAUGCUUCAGGAGACACCCCAUUAUGCACUGCUAUGAAGCAUGUGCCAGGUUCGUCUGUAAUGCCUUUAUACCUAUUAUCUAAGCAUGCUGAUCCCAAUCUGGCAGACAAAACUAAGAACUCACCGUUACAUUUAGCUGUGAAUGCAGGCUCAUUAAAUUUAGUGAAAGAAUUAGUUGCAAAUGGGGCUGAAUUAGAUACAGUCAAUGAAAGUGGGGAAACACCGCUUUAUAUUGCUGUGAGAAACAGAGAAAUACAGGUUGUAAAAUAUUUAGUAGAAAAAGGAGCAGGAGUGAAUUUGCAUGGAAAAUCUAACCGUAAUGAAAUAAGCUCACUUUUACACUUGGCAAUCCUGAGUAAUUCUGUAGAUAAUGUGAAAAUAUUGGUUGAAAAUGGAGCCCAGCUCAAUACUGUAGAUGAAUCUGGCAACACGCUACUUCACAUUGCUGCAAACAGCAUUUGUCCAGAUAUUUUAAGUUAUUUACUAGACACGGGACCUGUUGUGAACAUACAAGAUGGUGAUGGCAUGGUGCCAUCCGGACUGUCAAAACGGGAUUUCAAUGAGGAAUUACUGUUGGUGAACAAAUGUUAUGAUGUAAAUGCUAGGAACAAAGCAGGUGAGACUGCUUUAUAUAUUUGUGUUAAAGAUAACAAGCUAGAACAUCUUAAUUGUCUGUUAAAGAGGAAACCUGAUUUAACUCUUAAAGAUAAUAAAGGAGACACAGUGUUACAUUGUGCAGUGGCUAGAGAGUACGUGAGAGCUGUUCAAUCACUGGUGGAUGCAGGUGUUCCUGAUGUACAAAAUAGUGAUGGACUUACAGCAGGUGAUCUGGCAUAUAAUAUGGCACACACUGUAGACGAGUGUGGUUAUUAUUAUUAUAACAACUGUGCCAAAAUAGCAUCAAUACUGAGACCAGAGACAGAAAAGUAAACAUACAAAAUGCAGUAGAAUCUUUUACUAUAGAUAUACUUAAAAAAACAAAACAUUUAUGUACCUGCCUACCUUUCCAAAACAAUUCUAUUGAUUACAGUUAUUAAUACGAAGAUGAUUUUAAUAUAUAGUUCUGGGUUGUUUUUUUAGUUUAGUGACACCACUAGAGCACAUUGAUUUAAGAAUCAUCGGAUAUUGGUUAGCAUAUAGAUUAGGCACUAGAUGGAUAUUCAUAGAAUCUAACCAUUAUUUUGCCAAAUGCCUGUUCCAAUCUGCAUUGUGCAGAGAUACGGACUUGAUCGCAGAUAACUGUUUUGUGCAUAAGUAUAUAAAAGUAUAAACUAUAAAUAACAAUUUUUUUUAAAUGUUGUGUAUUUCAUCUUAAGUAUAAACGCUUUGCUAUAUUGUGUUUCGUAUAUUAAUUUUAGUAUACCAUUUGGAAUAUUUGUGUUUAAGAUGUAAAAUAAUAUGAAUUUGUACAAAUAUUGUGUGUAUCGCACAGAUUUUAAUAACUGCAAAAUAGUCAUAUGUUAGUCACCAAAUACCCGGUAGUUGUAGUUUAAUAUGUGCACAUGUAUUGAACAACUGUUCGUUUCCUUUUUUCAUAUUGACAAAUGGGUCAUUCCGCGGUAAAAGGGCCAAUUUUCAUAAUAUUCUUGUAAUUACUUUCUGACAAAUGCCUUGCAUAUAUUUCCAUUACAGUAAACGUAUUAUAUGAUAACCUGGUCUAACUCUGAUGAAAGGAAAGUUAUUAAUGACCAUCAGCUAUAUACUGGGUUUUAUGGAAAAGGUCCUUUUCUACCCAAAAUGCAGCUUUUUGCAUGUCUCAUUAUUAGGGGUAUCUGGAUUUCAUAUACUAAAUUGGCAUAUUGGUGCUAGGAACAGAAAACAAGAAAAUCAAUGAACACAAGACUGAAUGUUAGGACUCGUAAACAUAUGUAACAAUCUGUGUUGAAUAUUUUAUCAAGGUGUUUAAGUAUAGUUUUUGCAAUGUGUCCAGGACUGAUGUGAGUUUUGACACAAAAACACAGCGUAAACAGAGAAGUGAAAUUUUAUACAUUACAGAUUAAAUUAUCCAGUCAGUUUAUAUUUUGGGAAGGUUAAAACCAAUGCACAGUUUCUACUGUUAUAUUAUCAAAGUGUUGAAUAUAACAUAAUGGAAUACAUCUGGUGAAUAGAAAAUUACUAUAUCAACUCUGUCACAGUGAUAGCUAGAAAAGGAUUGUAAAAUCUAAGUGUUCAGGAUUUAUUUUGAUACAGUUAUUUCCCAUGUUUCUUAGUAGUUGGAAGAAAAACAAAUUGACUACAGACAAAAAAUAAUAUUGAGCUAUCAGCACCCGCCUAGAUCUGCAUGGAAGUGCUAUUGUGGAGAUAUUCAGGCGCGUGCGCAGGGGGGGGGGGGGGUCGAAACCCCACCCUGCUCAAGGCGAAUUUUGUUGUUGUCAGAAAGCAGCUCGGCUAGCCAGCAGAAAACACCUCA